AUGUUCCGUUCGUCUCUAGAGAUAGGCAAAGGCCGACUACCUGUCUUGCGGCAACCUACAAUCCUAAGCUCCAGGAACACCAUACCUCGGUGGAGUCAGACCAGAAGAUCAGCUUCUACUGUGACUAGCCUUGACAGCUAUCCGAGUGUAGGAGAGAGACUUCACGGAUUUACUGUCCAGGAAAAGAAACAUGUUCCAGAGUUACACCUAACGGCAGUACGGCUAAAACAUGACAAGACAGAUGCGGAUUACCUCCAUGUGGCAAGGGAGGACAAAAAUAAUGUUUUUGGUAUCGGAUUCAAGACCAAUCCGCCAGAUGCUACUGGCGUGCCUCACAUUCUGGAACACACGACGUUAUGUGGCAGUGAAAAAUACCCAAUCCGUGACCCCUUCUUCAAGAUGCUUCCUCGAUCUCUUUCAAACUUCAUGAAUGCUUUCACUUCCGCGGACCACACAACCUACCCGUUCGCCACGACGAACCAGCAAGAUUUUCAAAAUCUUCUUUCGGUCUACUUGGAUGCGACAUUCCACCCUUUACUCAAGGAGGAAGACUUUAGACAAGAGGGAUGGCGCUUGGGGCCGGAAGAUGCACGUGCCGUGGGGUCUAACGGCGGAAAGCCAGAAGACGUCCUAUUUAAGGGUGUGGUAUAUAACGAAAUGAAAGGCCAGAUAUCGGAUGCAAACUAUCUGUACUAUAUCCGGUACAAGGAGAACAUCUUUCCUGCUAUCAAUAACUCGGGGGGUGACCCUCAGUACAUCACCGACCUGACGCAUAAACAACUCGUGGAUUUCUCCAAGCGGAAUUACCAUCCCACCAAUGCCAAAAUUUUAACCUAUGGAGAUAUGCCUUUGGCCGGCCAUCUGAAGCAGAUUGGCGAAGUGUUGGAUGGCUUCAGCAAGGGAGAGGCCGACGCUUCCAUCAAACAGCCCAUUGAUCUUAGUCGCGGCCCCCUGGACGUUAGAGUUCCAGGGCCUAUUGACACCUUCUCUGGCGAAGACAAGCAGUUCAAGACCUCAACCUCGUGGUACAUGGGAGACACGAAUGAUGUUGUUGAAACAUUCUCUGCUGGGAUCUUAUCCUCCUUGCUUCUGGAUGGAUACGGCUCACCCAUGUAUCGAACCUUGAUCGAAAAUGGCCUAGGCUCCUCGUUCACCCCAAACACCGGACUUGAUUCAUCGGGAAAGGUGCCUGUUUUUUCGGUUGGCGUUAACGGCGUCAGUGAAGAAGAAGUUCCUAAGGUGAAAGAAGCCAUUCAGCGAGUGUUUCAGGAGUCUCUUUCGAGCGGUUUCAAUAGCGAGAAGGUCCAAGGAUUACUCCACCAGCUGGAACUGGCCUUGAGACACAAGACGGCGAACUUCGGCAUCGGUGUUAUGGAGAAGACUAUCUCUUCAUGGUUCAAUGGCACCAACCCUAUGAAGGAGCUUGCCUGGAAUGAAGUCAUUGAUGAGUUCAAGCGGAGAUACCAGGAAGGGGGAUACCUUGAAUCAUUGAUGCAGAAGUACCUCAUGAAUGAUCACUGUCUGACGUUUACCAUGGUAGGCACGCCUACUUUCAACAAGGACCUAGACGACCAGGAGUCGGUGCGCAAAGAGAAGAAACUUGCUCAGCUUGUUGAGCAGCAUGGCUCUGUAGAAAAGGUUGUUGUUCAUCUUCGGGAGGAAGAGCUUCAAUUGCUUAAGACACAGGAGGAUGCCCAUAAUGCCGACCUGGGAUGCUUACCCUCUCUGCGGGUUGAAGAUAUUUCACGGGAGAAGGAGCGGAAGCCAGUGCGUGAGACUCGUGUUGACGAUGUAGAAGUCGUCUGGCGGGAAGCUCCUACCAAUGGAUUAACCUAUUUCCAAGCUCUGAAUAAUUUUGAUGGCCUUCCGGAUGACCUCCGACUGCUCAUGCCACUGUUUAACGAUUGUGUUAUGAGACUGGGCACUGCCAACAAAUCGAUGGAGGAAUGGGAAGAUCUGAUCAAACUGAGAACCGGCGGUAUCUCAUCGUCCGCUUUCCAUACGUCUUCUCCAACCGAGCUCGGGAAGUUCAAGGAGGGACUUCACUUCUCUGGAUAUGCUUUGGACCAGAACAUCCCAGAGAUGCUUGAGAUCCUUACCAUCCUCAUUACGGAGACUGAUUUUACUAGUCCUAAUGCCCCUGGCAUGAUCCAGGAGCUGUUGCGACUCACUACCAACGGUGCACUCGACGCUGUUGCUGGGUCAGGCCACCGUUUUGCUCUAAAUGCAGCCGCAGCGAGCCUUUCCCGCGGCUUGUGGGUUCAGGAGCAGCAGUCCGGCCUAGCGCAAUUACAGGCCACAGCCAACCUCCUCCACGAUGCGGAGACUUCACCUGAACGCCUUGCCGAGUUGAUCGAGAAGCUACGUCUCAUCCAGUCUUUCGCUAUCUCAAAGACGCCUGGGCUCCGUGUUCGCAUGGUCUGUGAGCGAGACAGCGCCUACCAAAAUGAGUCUGUCCUACAAAAAUGGCUCGCCGGCCUACCUCGAACUCCCUCACCCACAUCUGCUCCGGGAAGCUCCUUCAUGAGCCGAGCGAUCAAGAAGACAUUUUAUGACAUGCCGUUCAAAGUAUACUACUCCGGACUAGCUAUGCAAACGGUCCCAUUUGUCCAUUCGUCCAGUGCACCGCUCAGUGUCUUGUCUCAACUCCUUACCCAUAAUUAUCUGCACCCUGAGAUUAGGGAGAAGGGCGGUGCAUACGGCGCAGCAGCUAGCAAUGGCCCUAUCAAGGGAAUUUUCGCCUUGACGAGUUAUCGGGACCCCAAUCCCAAUAACACUCUGAAGGUUUUCCAGAACUGUGGCCUUUUUGCCCGGGAUCGCUCUUGGUCCAACCGAGAGCUCAACGAAGCGAAGCUUGGCAUAUUCCAAGGCCUUGAUGCCCCCAUGAGUGUUGAUGAGGAGGGUAGCAGGUAUUUUAUGAGUGGCGUUACGCAUGAGAUGGACCAACGCUGGAGAGAACAACUGCUGGACGUCACUGCAAAGGACGUCAAUGAGGCGGCAGAAACCUUCCUGGUCAACGGCACUCGGCGAUCCGUUUGUUUACUUGGUGAGAAGAAAGACUGGGUAGAAUCGGAAGACUGGGAGGUGCGGAAGCUUUCCAUGAAUCCUUCUGAGGGUGAAGCGAAUGGCGUCGAUGCGGAAAAUGCUGCUGGUUCUGCCUAA